AUGACUCGCUGGUACUCACUCCCUCAAGAGAUUCGCGGCAUGAUCUUGGGGUACAUCGUUAUUCACGACCGUAUCGCGCCCUAUACUCCUGUCUCGAUAGAAUGGCGCGACGCCACUGAGAGGACCUUUCGGCACCUUCGUAUUCAAGCUUCAUCUUCGGACGCUUGUGGUAGGACCCCAACGGUAUUUGAGAGUCUUAGCCGGCUGUGUGGUCGACACAGACGACUCGUCAAACACAUCUGGCUCAACAUUGAGCAUACCAAGCAUCCUAAAUGGUGGGACGGUAGCUAUAACCUUAGCUUAAAUGAUCGGGCUAUCGGCGUUGCUGCGAAACGGUUAUUCCAGGCCGUGGAAUCCUUGCCGUCACAGAACGACUUGAUGCUAGAGAUCAAUGUGUAUGAGCCUAUGUCCUACUCGGAGGAGUGGCUCAAGGGGCAUCACUAUGGGGGUCCAGGGGAACAAGACGAAGAUAUGGUGGACUUUGACAUGCCAUCUACUCCCUCUGUCCAAGCCGUUACCAAGUUUCUUCUUCCUCGACAUUGCAGGCGUCAAUUUUCAGCAGAAACUCUGUCUUGCAUGUUCAGACGACUUCCCCGGUUGGAAGAGAUUGCCUUUGAGACUUGGGAUCUCUCGGAUAUUCAUUAUGGAUUCUCUCAUGGUUACAGAUACGCACAACACCUGCUUGCAGCACCUGAUUCUUUCAGGAACGUCAAAUCUAUGACCGUUUUUCAAGAUCGCAACAAGUACUUCAACGCGGUAUCUCGCCUCCACAAAGAGGAGCUUCCACGCAGUCAUCAAGCAAACGUAGUGACUCCGCCGGUCAUACCGUCGAGGCAGCCAGUACUUGCUUGGGAAUUCGCGACAGCAAGUCUCUACCUUGAGCAUCUCUCCAUUGCUUUUAUAAUUGACGCCGUCGACUUCUUCGAUCAAUGUCGAGAAAAGUGGCUAUGGUGCGAGUUGCGUUCCCUUACACUGACGUCCCAACUUCUCACCUGUAAUGACGACUCUUUCAAGAUCAGCGGACUAUUACAAACUGCUGCGCAAAUGGCCACGCACAUGCCAAAGUUAGAGAGGCUUACAAUAUGGAAUGGCGGAGUCAACGAAGCAUGCGCCUUCACAUAUCGCAAGCAUCAACACAAUGCUUCGGUGAUAUGGCAGGCAAAAGGGGGUACACAGAUAUACCCCGCAGUGCACAGCGCCUGGGAAAACGUGCAUUCUCGAUGCUUUCUCAGUGUCGAAAGGAAGGGCACUUGGCCUAUUAUUGUCUCACACUGCUGCCAUCUCGUGUUUGGGGUUGGAGCAUGUGGUGAGCGAUGUGUCGUUGAGACAGAUGCAACUGGAGAAUAG